AUGGCAGUGACUCGAGUCAGAUUGGAGGCUGAGUUAGAAGCUGUGCGUGAUACCACAGUUGCGCUUUUGGAAACACUUAAGACAAUCAACAUCGAUGCAAAAGUUGCCAAAGUGGAAGAGUUCAAGGAACGCGUGGCCGACAGUGCGGCAAAGAUCGGCGAGUCUGUUGCAACGAUACAUCCGUCUGUUCACGAACAGGUUACAGCCGAAGAUUGUCGUUCUUCUAGAUAG